AUGAAAGAGGAGGUAGAGGAGGCUAUCAGUAUCACAUUAAAAGAAGAGGAUGAUGUUAUAGUGAAAGAAGAGAAAGAACAUAUUAGAGUGAAAGAUGAGGAGGGGAUAGAGGCUGUCACAGUGGAAGAAGAGCAGGCCCAAAUCCCCAUCAUUUGCGUAAAGAAAAGACGGAGAAAAAGGGGGCGGAGGUCGGGCAAAAAGACAGUUUUAUCAUGUGGUGGUUUCAUUCAGGUCUCAGUUUCACUCAAUACUCUGUCUUUGGCAGGAGAGGGACCAGACUCUCACUCUGACAGCAGGAAGAGUCCUUCAGGGGAACCAGACCCAGAGACGUCCAAACCAGCAAGACCACACCACUGCUCCCACUGUGGAAAGAGUUUUACCCGGUUCUGGAACCUAAAACAGCACGAGACGAUGCACACAGGAGAAAAGCCUUUUCAAUGUUCCCAGUGUGGAAAGAGUUUUACCUGGUUAAGGGCCCUGAAUAGGCAUGAAGAAAUACAUACAGCAGGGAGGAAGACCUACCAAUGCUCCCAGUGCGGAAAGAGUUUUACUCAGUUAGGAAGCCUGAAAAUACAUGAGAGAAUUCAUACAGGAGAGAAGCCUUACCCUUGCUCCCUGUGUGGAAAGAAUUUUACCAUGUUAGGCAAUCUUAAAAAACACGAGAAAAUACACUCAGGAGAGAAGCCUUACCACUGUUCUCUGUGCGGAAAGAGUUUUACCCAGAUAGGGAGUCUGAAAACACAUGAGAGAAUGCACACAGGAGAGAAGCCUUAUUACUGCUCCCAGUGUGGCAAGUAUUUUUCUCAUUUAGAGACCCUGAAAAUACAUAAGAGAAUACAUACAGGAGAGAAGCCUCACCACUGCUCCCUGUGUGGAAAGAGUUUGACCACUUUGGGCAAUCUAAAAGAGCAUGAGAGGACACACACGGGAGAAAAGCCUUUUAAGUGUUCCCUCUGUGGAAAGAGUUUUACCCAUUUAGCGAGCCUGAAAAGGCAUAAAGGAAUACACACAGGAGAAAAGCCUUACCAAUUCUCCCAGUGAGGAAAGAGAUUUUCACGAUUACAGGACCUUACAUCACAUGAGGACACACCUGACCACUGCUCCCAAUGUGGAAAGACAUUUUACCUUGUUAGGGAUCAUGAAAACACUGAGACACAUAGGAAAAAAGACCUACCACUGCUCUCAGUGUGGAAUAAGAUUUACCCGGUUAUAGAACCUGAAAUAAUUCAUACAAAUACACAGGAGGAGAAGACAUACCACUGCUCUCAUUGUGGAAAGACAUUUUCCCAGUCAGAGGACCUGAAAUCACAUGAGAGAAUAGAGAGGCUGUGUUCUGACUUGUGCUUUUGACUGAGAAUUUGGGGUUUUGUUUAAUACCACAUUAAAUCAUAUUCCAAAAAGUUUUACAGGAAUUGGUUUAAAAAAGUUUAGAGGAGGUUUAGAGGAGAGGCCUGGGAAUUCCUGCAAACCUUUUUUGAGUAUGAUUUAAUGUGGUAUUAAACAAAUAUAUAUACACUGCUCAAAAAAAAUAACGGAACACUUAAACAACACAAUGUAACUCCAAGUCAAUCACACU